AUGGCUCCGUCCGACACAAAUCGAUACGGGCUUCCAGGUCGACUCCAUGCAAACGGGACGAUCGGCUUUGGGAUCUGCAAGCUGGAUGAUCCGAUGAAAACUGGACUUCUCUCUCGGGAAGCAUCCAUCGCAGAUGCGAGUACGACGCGUUGCUUUCCUCCCGUUCAACGGAGACUCGGUGAAACCGGCAGACAUUCCGGUGAUGCGACCGUUUCCCUCGACGAGGCGCCUGAUCGCCUCAUUUCACCACGCCGAUCGAGUCGAGAUGAGGACUCGGACGUCUCGCAUUCCCGCUUUCGCUUUUCGGGUUUUUCGAUCCCGAUGGCGGCGAUCACCAUGGGAUUACUGUUCUUCGAAGGCAGCCAAGGGCAUUUCAAUCGCGUCCAGCACAAUCGAUACCAUCGGACGAGCGGUUUCCAGCCGCUCAGGGGCUUCCAACCGCUCAGCGGCUACCAAUCGUACAGCGGCUUCCGACCGGUCAGCGGUUACCAAUCGUACAGCGGCUUCCGACCAGUCAGCGGUUACCAAUCGUACAGCGGCUUCCGACCGGUCAGCGGCUACCACACCCAUGGGCACGCGGCGGUCCGACCGACCGCGAGGAAGAACUUCUCUCGCCGUUGGUAUCACAAGCCCCAUAAGCAUCUCAAGAGCAAGACUUACCCUCAUUGA